UUUCUUUUUUUAUCGUGGUAACUUAUCGUACACUACACCAGCCCUAUUCUUUCAAGUUCAUAUUAUAUCUUGUCUAAAUCUGAAUCCAUCUAUUCGCUUAGGUCCCUGAAACCUUAUAUUGUCCCGUUUACAUAUUUUCCUUUGAAAGUCAACCCUAUCGCUACUAUCUAUCUCUUGGACACUUUCUUUGGAUCAUCAUUUUACUUUUUGUGGACUAAAUUAUUAAGAGAGCGAGGAAAUGGGUAUAUUUCCUGAAUUUGGUGGCUGGAUCAGUCAGAACACUCAACAGCCUCUUAAGGCUAAUCACUCCAAGAGAUCUGAGAAUGUGAAAUCUAAGUCAGGGUUUUCAGAUAUAUUUACUAACGAGGAGAGAGAUGAGAUGAAGGAGCAGUUAACAAUUUGGAGAGAAACAGAGAAGAAGAAACAAUGGUUCGAUUCCCCUCCUAAGGUGAAUGUGGAAAGAAGAAAUGAUCUAGAAUGGGGUAUGUCAACUAUAGACAUGGAAUUUACAUUAGGGUUGCCUCCUCAAGCAGCCUACGACGUUUUAACUAAUCCAGACAACCAAGCAUACUCCAGAAUAAUCAAAGGACGCCAAGUUCUGGAAAACAUAUCAAGAGAAGUUGUGUCACCUGAUACCGGAAGAGGACAGAUCGUGCACGCGAAGAAAGCUGUGGGAUGGAACUUCCUUUAUUGGUCUGGAGCUAUCCCGAUAACUAUGAGUUUCCUGGAAUACCGACAAUUCCAUACUGUACAUUAUACGGUAAAGAAUAAGAUGUUCAUAGAUAUGUUUGAGGGUCAGUAUAAGUUGGAGCCUUUAUACGUAGAUUCAGAACGCUUGUGCAAACACAAAAAGCCGGAGAGCAGAGAAGAAUACGAAGAAUGUAGUCGCAGGCAAGGCAGGAUUGCGACGAAAGUGAAACUGGACCAGUUGUUUAAACCUUCUUUUCUUUUUAAUCUGCCACCGAUUUCUUGGUACGUUCGUCGGAUCACCAUCAAGAUCAUGGAAACUCUGAUCGAAGAUCUUCAAGUUAACAGUGCCAUAAUCCGAGGUGUUUGAAAACACCCCAAAUCCGAUAUAUCAAUUGGUAAAUCAAGAACCAAACAUUACAACUACCAUCAAAAGUAUCAUAAACAAGCAUAGAUUGUAAAGCUUGUAACCUGAAUCUUAUACAAUCCUCAAGCCAGUUCAUGAUAAAUAAUCCUUACCAAGUUUCGUGAAGAAGAUCUCAAAUAAAACCGUAGUUCAACAUAUGAAUCAAAGUGCCAAACUAAACACGGUGACAAAAAAAAAAACCACGGAAGCAGUAGAUUAAAUCUUCGAUUACAGUAUUACCAAAACUAUAUAAAAGGUAGUUUUUCUAAGUUCUACGUACAAUCAGAACAACAAAUCACAAAAUCCAUCCACAUAUCCAAAAAAAAAAAAACGAAUAAGAAAA